GAAUUCACCAUGUUCAAGUUUGUGCUUCUUGCGAUCUGCGUGGGCUAUGCCUACAGUUGUGGGGUUCCAGCUGUCGCCCCCAAAGUUACCAGGGUUGUCGGUGGAGAAGAUGUAGUGCCACACAGUUGGCCAUGGCAGAUCUCCCUCCAGUAUCAGGGAACCAGUGGUGCUUGGGGUCACACCUGCGGCGGAACCCUCAUCUCUGAACAGUGGGUCCUGACUGCUGCACAUUGUAUCAGCUCUGGCCGUGUCUACAGAGUGUUCCUGGGCAAGCACAGCCUGCAGCAGGAUGAGGCUGAAGCCGUCGCUAUCACCCCUGAGAAAAUCAUUGUCCAUGAGAAGUGGAAUUCCCUUUUCAUUAUCAACGACAUUGCUCUGAUCAAGCUGUCCCAGCCUGCUCCUCUGAGCGAAGCGAUCCAACCAGCCUGCAUUCCUUCCAGCGGUGCCAUCCUCGCCAACGACUUCCCCUGCUUUGUGACUGGAUGGGGGCGCCUCUACACCAACGGACCAAUCGCUGACAACUUGCAACAAGCCCUUCUGCCCGUUGUGGACCAUGCCACUUGCACCCUGCGUGACUGGUGGGGAAGCCAGGUUCAGACCACCAUGGUCUGUGCUGGUGGUGAUGGAAUCGUGUCUGGCUGCAAUGGUGAUUCUGGUGGCCCUCUGAACUGCCAGGCAGCAGGUGGAGCUUGGGAAGUCCACGGCAUUGUCAGCUUCGGCUCUGGCAUUAGCUGCAACUAUGCCAAGAAACCAACCGUCUUCACCCGUGUGUCCGCCUAUAACGACUGGAUCAGCGAGAAAAUUGCCAGCAAUUAAGAACAAGCGCAAUUUCCAUCGUAUCCGCAACAACAGGGCAUCUGAUUCGUGCAUUCCUCGUAUUUCCUUUAACACCUCGUGUCAUCCACAUUUUGGAUUUCGCAAUAAAGUGACAAAGCAAA